CAAAUGUUCCGAUGUAUCGCUGAUUGCAACUUAUUGCGUAGCUGCAGCAGCCGAUAUCCCGUCCACAGUUCCAGGGAGACCAGAUCGUCAGUCACAGCGGAAAAAAUCGAGAAGUCAACCACCUGCAACGCAACUUAAGUCGAGUUUCCCGUGCCUUUGUCAUAGUCACAAAAUGUAACAUCCGUCCGUCGCAUUCAUCUUAUCUUGUUAGCCGAUCUAUUUCUUAAAGCAGAUUUAUCGUUCCAGCAAUGGCUACGUUCUGCCUGUGAAACUCAAGGAAGAUAAACCGCAAUCGCGUCCGUUCUGGAGUCGCUGGAAACGGCCGAGAAACGGCAAAAGAGAUAAGAUGUAUGAGAUAAAGCUAAAACAAGUUCAGUGUCCCCAUUACGCCAAGAUGCGUGUAAACGGCGCGCCAAAACAGCACAUCGACGCGCUGCUGCCAUCCCACGAAUUUCAACCUUUCAUUUCCCAAGAACUGUCUGAAGGGAUACCGAGUAAGAAUGCCAAAUACGACACUGUCAAAUCGAAACCACCUAAAUAUCCAACGAAAACAAAACUCAAGAGAGAAGAAAUAGCGGAAAAGAUUGAGAUUUAUUAUUUUGAUCACGGAAAUUCUGCAUAUUAUCGAACAACCGAUUGCCAUCCUGUACUAAUUACGGACAAAUGUGCCGAAAAGACCGAUCAAGCGGCGACUCGCUUUUGGGCGGAGAUCUUUGGUACAAUUCACAUUGGUAUCGCCUUCGUCACGGCCUUUAUUCUACAGCUUCUACGCUUCGUGCUCUACAGCGUGAUCCGGCCGUUGACAGUGGGGAUCCUUCAAUUAAUAGCGGAUUACUUUGUAAAACCACUACUGUCUAUUCUGUUUAACGCUAUGGUGCAACCGGUAUUGAUUCUGCUCUACAAUAUUGCGACGUCAUUGAGGGAUCUCUGUGAACCAAUAGCCGAGGCGAUGGGUUUAUUCCUGAGAGAGAUCGCGAAUCUUUGCGCCGCAAUCAGGAUCGUGGAGGUGAAGCACGUUCACGCGCCGACCACUGCUUGCACUUGAGCUCACAAGCGAAAACUGGAGACUCUUGACGAUUAAGUUUUAACAACUUAACUAAAAACUCGAAGGAUUUUCGUUAAUCUGGGACCACAGAUCUAUUUCCGAAGAAAAUCUGCACUCUUCCUGUGUGGUGCACUUUUAAUUAAUGACGAACAACACAUGCCUUAACACCAG